UAGUCCGUCGCCCGGGGCUUACGCGCCGGGGAGGGCUGCGUCCGCACCGGUUGCUCCCGCUCCUGCUGGGAGAGGGUGAGUGUGGGGCCGGGGUGAGACGCACCGUAUGGGACUAGAGCCAGGAGGAGGCCCACGCAGGAAAAGGCCCGGACGGCCGGGCGAGGCCCCUGAGGGGCGUGGCUGGCGGUGGAUGGUUUGGGGGCCGUGUCCUCUCAGUCCCCGCGCGGCGCCGGGCCGCUCGCUCCAGCUCUGCUUCCUCUGGAUCCUGCCCAUCCCCUAGAAGGAUGGCACAGGAAGGAAAGAGAAGGUGAUGGCUAUUGGGCCUCUGCUCCUGGCAGCUAAGGUUUUGAUGUUAUUGCCAGAUAAAGCUACCUUUUAGUCUUCUGUUCAAAACCAAGACAAAAAAGUGUGGAGGACUGAGUGCUGUGCUCGGCUCUUGUCCAGCCAUUCUGACUCACUCUUUGUAACCAUCUAAAGGGACUGGGAGACAAGACUUGAAACCAGAGAAUCAACGACAAAGCCCACCAUUACUGAAGAUUUAUCCUAUGGGGUAAUAAUGGAAAGAGGUCUCUGGCCUUCUUUAGGAGAAGCGUGGGAACCUGAUAAUUGGUUAGAUGGAAAAGAGAAAAACCAGGACAGACAUCCGCACCAAGUGGCCCUUACUCAUAAGGAAACCCUCCCUGAGAGGCGGGCAUAUGGUGGUCAUGAAUUUAAAAGAUGUUCUAGUCAGAGGUCAGUCUUUGAUAUACAGCAAAGUGUUCCUGUGGGACAAAGGCCCCAUAAUCAGAAUUCAUGUGGCGAAGACACUAAACAGAAUUCUGAAUUAAUUAAAGCUCAAAGUAUGUUUGUAGGAAAGAAAAUCUAUGAAUGUAAUGAAUGCAGGAAAACCUUCAGCCAGAGCUCAUCUCUUCUUAAGCACCAGAGGAUUCAUACUGGGGAGAAACCCUAUAAGUGUAAUGUAUGCGGGAAGCACUUCAUUGAACGCUCCUCCCUUACUGUACAUCAAAGAAUUCAUACUGGAGAGAAACCCUACAAAUGUAACGAAUGUGGGAAAACCUUCAGCCAGAGCAUGAACCUUACUGUUCAUCAAAGAACUCAUACCGGAGAGAAACCCUAUCAGUGUAAAGAGUGUGGAAAAGCUUUCCGUAAGAAUUCAUCCCUUAUUCAACAUGAAAGGAUUCAUACUGGAGAGAAACCCUACAAAUGUAAUGAAUGUGGGAAAGCUUUUACCCAAAGCAUGAAUCUUACAGUUCAUCAGAGAACUCACACAGGAGAAAAACCCUAUGAGUGCAAUGAAUGUGGGAAAGCCUUUAGUCAGAGCAUGCACCUUAUUGUACAUCAGAGAAGUCAUACUGGAGAAAAACCCUAUGAGUGUAGUGAAUGUGGAAAAGCCUUUAGUAAAAGCUCAACCCUUACCCUACAUCAACGAAAUCACACUGGAGAAAAACCCUACAAAUGUAACAAAUGUGGGAAAUCCUUUAGUCAAAGUACAUACCUUAUAGAACACCAGAGACUUCACUCUGGAGUAAAACCUUUUGAAUGUAAUCAGUGUGGAAAAGCUUUCAGCAAGAAUUCAUCUCUUACUCAACAUCGGAGAAUUCAUACUGGAGAGAAACCUUAUGAAUGUAUGGUAUGUGGAAAACAUUUCACUGGGCGAUCUUCCCUUACUGUACAUCAGGUUAUUCAUACUGGAGAGAAACCUUAUGAAUGCAAUGAAUGUGGAAAGGCCUUUAGCCAGAGUGCAUACCUUAUUGAACAUCAAAGAAUUCAUACUGGUGAGAAACCCUAUGAAUGUGAUCAGUGUGGAAAAGCCUUCAUUAAGAAUUCAUCCCUUAUAGUGCAUCAGAGAACUCAUACAGGAGAGAAACCCUAUCAGUGUAAUGAAUGUGGAAAAGCCUUCAGUCGGAGUACAAACCUUACACGACAUCAGAGAACUCAUACAUGAGUUUUUUCAUUGAACCCUUCACCAGGAUUAACUCUUCAAUGAUAAUCAGAUAAAGCAUGUAACACAGAAACCUAAUAAAUGUAAUUAUUGUAGGAAUCUUUUAGGUGAAGUAUAAAUUACUAUAUCAGAUAAUACCACUGCAAAGAAACCAUAUAGAAUAGAGAAAUCUUAAUUCAGAAUGUAAAACAUUCCUUUACACCAGAAGCUUUAAAUAGCUAAUGUUCUAAACAAAGAAGAUUCAUGAAGAUAAGUUCUAUCGUAUGUCAUAGUGUAGAUCUUUGGAUAUCAGAGACUUCACACUGGAGAGAAAAGGUGAGAAUGCUAAACUGGACAGCCCAAAGACCUGGUAUGUAGUCCUGAUCUGCCACUAACUUGGACAAGUCACCUACUUUCACCAGGUCACAGUAUCCUUAUUUGGUAAAUGAGAGAUUUUGAAUUUAGAAGGUCUCCAUGGUCCCUAUUAAUUCUAAAAUGCUAUGAACCUAUAAAUAUAACCAACACUGGGAAAUCCUU